GUAACCGCCGGUUCCGGAACCGUGGGCAUCUCUACUCUCAACCCCACCUACACAUUCUCCUCAAAACUAAAUAGCAACUCUCUCUCUAGAUCAUCAAAUUCAGAUUCUCUCUCUCGGCCUCUCCUCUUUAAAUUAAAAUGGAAACAUACAGAAAUUCUCAUCCCUCUCUUCUCACUUCACAGAAACACAAAUUCCUAUUCUGGUCACAGCUCUCUCUCUCUCUCUCUCUACUACACCAGUCUCUUCCCAAAAUCUGUCGUCCGUUGCUGAAACUCCAGGCAUCCAUCGUUGCUGUCACUGCCCCUCCGUCGCCGCUAAGCUCCAGGCACCGUCGCCGGCGUUCUAGUUGUGCAGCGCCGUUCUCACAAACGCAUGAGUAUCCAUGGAUAGUAAGUGCAAGUGAUGAUCAGACAAUCAGAAUAUGGAACUGGCAAUCACGUAGUUGCAUUUCUGUGUCAGCGGGGCACAACCACUAUGUCACGUGUGCUUCAUUUCACCCCAAACAAGACUUGCUUGUUUCGGCCUCUUUGGAUCAGACUGUUCGUGUUUGGGAUAUUGGUGCCUUAACAGCAUCUCCUGCUGAUGGAUUUGAUGCUGUUGUGAAGUAUGUCCUGGAAGGCCACGAUGGAGGGGUUAACUGGGCUUCUUUUCAUCCAACUCUCCCUCUCAUUGUUUCUGGAGCUGAUGAUUGCCAACUCAAAAUCUGGCGCGUCAAUGGUAAGAAGCAAUUAGCUCUUUGUUGCACACAUUUUUUGUUAGUCAUAGAUUUUGCUAUAAAUUUUUCAGGCACAAAAGCUUGGGAGGUGUGCACAUUGGGAAAUGUUUCUUGUGUUCUGUUUCAUGCAAGGCAGGAGAUCAUUGUAUGAAAUUCAGAAGACAAGAGCAUCAGAGUUUGGGAUGCUACUAAAAGAACUGGCUUGCGGACAUUCACCCGGAAAGGAAUCUACUUGCUGCUGGUCAUGAUAGUGGUAUGAUUGUCUUUAAGCUAGAGAGAGAACGUCCCGCCUUUUUAGUCAGUGAUGACUUUGUGUUUUAUGUCAAGGAUUGGUUUCUACACACUUAUUGUUGAGAAAACCCGGUAAUUUUCUCUCAAAUAGUGAAAUGAACCGAUUCAGUAAUUUCAGAGUUAA